AUGUCUACGGCAAUAACUCAACGACCUGUCACCACCUCAAGUAUGAUUGGUGGGCAAAUCCUCUCGCAAAAACAACGACGACAAGUCUCAAGGAAACAACAGCAACAGCAACGAAAGGCAAAUGACGAAGAGGCGAUUAAUCGGAUUAUCAAAGAGAUUAAAAUUAUAGGGAAAUCUAAUAGUUAUCCGAAUAUCGUAAACUUUUAUGUUGUCACUUCAGCGUUAAGCAAAUGCCUGUUAUUCCUGCAGAACACCGAUUUGGGAUCAAUACCAUUAUAUCUUAAAAACAACUUUGCGGAGCGAUCGAUUAUCAACGAGAAAAUUGCAGGAAAAAUUACGGGUUUCAAUAAAUAUGUAUUAAGAAAAGACCAGAUUAACAACAAUACGAAUACUACAAAUUUUGUGACAUCACGACGACGUUCACGUUUAUUAAGUGAGAAGCCAAAAAAUUUACACAUCAAAGACAAACAACUGACGACAACUGAAUCGUCACCGUUAUCACAAAAAACUAAAUCUGAAGAACAAGAACUCGAGCAUCCUCUAGUAGAAGCCGUUUCCAAAAUUAUAAUCGACGCGUUAAGCGAAACCGAUAACUUUGGAAGAAUCGGAGCUGAAGUCUAUAAAUAUCUCGAUAAAUGCGACCAGGAACUCAAAAUCAAUUCUCGAUUUGGAUUCGGUACAGCACGCGACCAAGAAAAAGUAUUCUUUUUGCAUCACCCUUUGAAUAAUGGAUAUGAGGAUGCUUCGAAACCACUUGAAAGAUUGUUGGCGCAGCAGGCCGCCUGCUGUGUUUUCUUGUAA